CUUAUCACCAGUUGUUGAUUUUCAUCUCUAAACAGAACUUGCAAAGAGGUUUUUAUGGGACUGAAGCCAUACAGAAAAUGGCAAGCACUACUUUUGGAUUUCAAAAUGUGACCAAUUCUACAGUGCAGACAGAGAUCUUCUCAGGCUUUAAUAUCUUCAUUAUAUGCAUUUACUUUGCCAUCCCUGUUAUAAGUCUCAUUGGAAAUGGGCUUGUCAUAUUUGUGACUGGUUACAAAAUGAAGACGACAGUCAACUCCAUUUGGUUCCUCAACUUGGCGAUUGCAGACUUCAUCUUCUCCUUAACUCUAAUCAUAAGAGCACUUUUAGACAUACGCAGUAUCUGGCACUUUGGUAACUACAAGUGCAUGUUUCUCUGUUUCAUGGUUUACCUAAACUCAUUUACUAGCAUUUUGCUUCUGACGACUAUCAGUCUGGACCGAUGCCUGUGCACAUGGAUGAUCGUGUGGUCUCGUAAUAAUCGAACCAUAUUCAAAGCCAGAAUCAUCUGCAUGAUUGUGUGGGUUUUAUCCAUCGCCUGCUGCAUCCCUGCAGUCAUCAAUCACUCAGCAGCAGAGAGUGAAGGAACCUCUAACCUUCCUAAACAAUACUACAGGAUUCUGGUCACAUACAGGUUCAUAGUGGGCUUUGUCAUCCCUUUCCUGAUCAUUGCAUCUGCAUAUAUAGCUAUCGGCGUGCGAGUCAAACGUCUCAAACAGGAGAAUCAGCCCAGGUCUUACCGGGUCAUUAUAGCUGUGGUCCUGGCCUUUUUCAUAUGCUGGCUUCCUUUUCAUAUCCACAAGUUUUAUAGCUUAAGUGCAAAAGAGAAUCAUUGGAGUAAAUCUGCUAAAGAUGUUCUUUCAAAAACUAAAGCUGUAGUCACCUUCCUGGUUUUUCUAAACAGCUGUCUGAACCCCAUUCUCUAUGUGUUCAUGUGUGAGGAGUUUAAGAAGAAGCUUAAACAGUCUCUGCUGCUGGUCCUGGAGACGGCGUUUGCUGAAGAUCAUCUGGACUAAUGAAAGUUACCACCAUCCCAGCUAGAAUUUUUUUGUUCUAAAAAUGUUCUAAGAACAUUACCAUGUAUUGUUCUAGUAAUAUUUUCAGCAGCUUUUAUUUUUGUUCCCAGAAUGUUCUCCUAAAAGGUACGAUAACAUUCUCUAAAAACAUUCUAAAUAUGUUUAGUGAUAACAUUGUUAGAACAUUAUUCCCCAACGUUCUUAUAAUUUUUUCAGUGGUAGUUUUAUUUUUGUUCCCAGAAUGUUCUCUUAACAGGUAGGAUAACAUUCUACAUUCUAAAAUUGUUUAGUGAUAACAUUGUUAGAACAUUAUUCCCUAACGUCCUUAUAAUAUUUUCAGUGGGAAGUUUUAUUUUUGUUCUUAGAAUGUUCUUCUAAAAGGUAGGAUAACAUUCUCUAAAAACACUCUAAAAAUGUUUUGCGAUGACCUUCUAUAAAUGUUUAGUACAUUUAGUACAUGUACAGUUUUAUUAAUCUCAAAAAUAAAACAACAAAAUCUAACAGGUUUAUAAAUGACAUCCACAUAACUUAUUAGUAGUUAUUAGUGGUAAUUACUACAUACAGUAAAUGCCCAACAUCACAUGUUGAAGAACUCAGUAAAGUCCAGUGUGUAAUCAUGCGUCUGACUGCUGUGUUUGCUCAGAGUGCUCAUCAUUGUCUUUGCUUGUCCUGGUUCUUUGAGAAAAUUAAUAUAGUCGUCUGUAUUAAUGUUCUACUUUUCUUGUCUUUUAGUUUUCCAGCUACUCUGCCAUUUAGCAGCAUUGAGCUGUCUGUGUGUGUAGAGCGUCUGUGUGUAGAGUUUUUCCUCAUAACCUAUAAGAGAGAAGCAUACAACAGUGUAAAUAGAAAAUACAUAUUACAUCUUAAGAUCACAAACAAUAUUGACAUUGAAAACUUUCUAAAUUAGCCAGCCUAAUUAGUAACCACGACAUAUGUAAAGACUAAUUUAUUGAAAGUAUAGAUAUGAUACUUUGAGUAUCUAUUUUGUUUCUGUUAUUUAAAACACAUCUACUUAAUCCUUUAUAUGUGACCCUGGAGCACAAAACCAGUCAGAAGUCGCACAGGUAUAUUUGUAGCAAUAGCCAACAAUACAUUGUAUGGGUCAAAAUUAUCUUUUUUUUUUUUUUAUGCCAAAAAUCAUUAGGAUAUUAAGUAAAGAUCAUGUUCCAUGAAGACAUUUUGUAAAUUUCCUUCCAAAAAUAUAUCAAACAUUUAUUUUUUGUGAGUGGAUAUGCAUUGCUAAGGACUUCAUUUGGACAACUUAAAAGGUGAUUCUCUCAAUAUUUUGAUUUUUUUGCACCCUCAGAUUCCAGAUUUUCAAAUAGUUGUAUCUCGGCCAAAUAUUGUCCUAUCCUAACAAACCAUACAAUCAAUGGAAAGCUUAUUUAUUCAGCUUUCAGAUAUUGAGAUAAAUCUCAAUUCCAAGAAAUUGUCCCUUAAAGGGAUAGUUCACCCAAAAAUGAAAAUUUGAUGUUUAUCUGCUUACCCCCAGGGCAUCCAAGAUGUAGGUGACUUUGUUUCUUCAGUAGAACACAAAUGAUGAUUUUUAACUCCAACCAUCGCAGUCUGUCAGUCAAAUAAUGCGUGUAAAUGGUAACUCCAUCUAUAAGAGUCAAAUAAACAUGACAGACAAAUCCAAAUUAAACCCUGCGGCUCGUGACGACACAUUGAUGUCCUAAGACACGAAACGAUUGGUUUGUGCGAGAAACCAAACAGUAUUUAUAUCAUUUUUUACCUCUAAAACACCACUAUGUCCAACUCCGUUCAGCAUCCAAGUCAAAUUUUCAGGGGGAAAAAGUCAGCUCACAAUUCUGACAUUUACUUGCAAAAGUGUGUUUAUACCUCACAAUUCUGAGCAAAAAAAACCCCUCAGAAUUGAGAAUUAGAUAUCACGAUUCUGACUUUAUUUCUCAGAAUUGUGAGAUUAUAUCUCCCUCUGAGUAUGCAUUUCUUUGCCAUUUACCUGAUGGAAACAGAGAGUAAAAGAGUGGACUUCAAAGAUUUCUUAUCCCGUGGCUCCCUCUAUAGGGCAGCAUUAAUAUUGCUCAGCCAAUUUAAGUCUGUGGGAUUUUGUAAUUAUUUGAUCACCAAUUAUAUGAAAACUGUUAAGUCUGAUCAGUUACAAAUGACAGCAACAAACUUCAAACUUCUGUGUUUGGUGCUUGUAGCAUUAAAGAAGGAGUUAAAGGAUUAGUUACCUCUCAAAUGAAAAUUAGCCCAAGCUUUACUCACCCUCAAGCCAUCCUAGGUGUAUAUGACUUUCUUCUUUCUGAUGA